CUGAACGGGCCGGAAGCCUCGGUCGGACCAUGAGGAGGAGCUCCACGCUCAGGCGGCGCAGCGGAGCCGCGUGCUUUGACGAGUUCGGCUUCGCAGUGACCAGCAGGAAGCAGCGGAAGCUUCAGCACAGGUGUCACCAUUACAGUGCCCCGCAGAUGAGCCCGGCCAGGGUCAAGGAGCUGUGUGAGCUGCUCACCUGCUGGAAUGGCUCCAGCUUCAUCUGCAGGAGCCAGGUCGAGCGCUUCAUCCGGAUGGGUGUCCCCGCAAGCCUCCGGGGCCGGGUGUGGAAGUGUCUUCUGAACACGGACGGCCUGAGGGAGAGCAGCCGCUUCAGUUAUCAGAGAUGCCUGCUGGAGGUGCGGGAGCGCCUGGUGGACCUGGGCAUCAGCGAGUACAGCGUCUUAUCUGCCAUCGCCACGCUGAGCGACGCUCAGAACCUCCCGCCGUCGGCCUGCGACCACGAGGACCACAUCGCUCUGUUCCGGCAGGUGGCUCUGGACCUACAGCGCUCCUUUCCCAGCCACCGUUCUCUCAUGGGCGACAGUCCGGAAGCCAUCGAGGGUCAGGCCAAGCUCUUCCGGGUUCUCAUUGCCUACGCCAAGUACAACCCGCGGGUCGGCUACAGCCAAGGUACCGAGUGA